AUGGGAAACGAAGAAUGGCAAAACCAAACAACUGUUUCUGAAUUCAUUCUCUUGGGAUUUGGGGAUCUCCCCCAACUGGAGCUGUUUCUUUUCCUGCUCUUCUUUGUUAUUUACUUAGUAACCAUGGCUGGGAACCUUCUCAUUGUUUUGUUAGUUCUGGCUGAUCAACACCUUCAAACACCCAUGUAUUUCUUCCUGGGAAACUUGUCCUUCUUGGAAUCCUGCUACAGCUCAACUAUCUUGCCCAGAAUGUUGGCUAGCCUUUUUACAGGGGAAAGGGGUAUAUCUGUCAAAGCCUGUUUCAUCCAGUUUUAUCUGUUUGCUUGCCUGGGAGGUGCUGAAUGCUACCUCCUCUCUGUGAUGUCUUAUGACAGGUACUUAGCUGUAUGCAAGCCACUGCACUACGCCACACUCAUGAAUGGCCGGUUGUGCCUGUAUUUAGCAGCCAUUUCUUGGGUCAGUGGGAUUUUAGUUAGCACAAGCACAACCCUUUCAGUGACUUUAUUAUCUUUUUGCGGCCCCAAUGAAAUUGAUCAUUACAUGUGUGAUUUAUCCCCAGUCAUAAAGGAAAUCUCCUGCAGUGACACUUACAUUGUAGAAAUGACUGCAUUCAUAUUCGCCUGCGCAUUCACCCUGCCUCCCUUUUUACUCACACUAAUGUCUUAUAUGUUGAUAAUUGUGACAGUCCUCAGAAUCCCAUCUACCACUGGGAGGCAGAAGGUCUUCUCCACCUGCUCAUCACAUCUCAUUGUGGUUGCCCUUUUUUAUGGAACUCUAAUGCUUGUCUAUAUGCUUCCACGUUCAAGGAAUCUGAGAUACGUGAAGAAAGUCUUCUCCCUCUUCUACACAGUCUUGACUCCUAUGCUUAAUCCCCUCAUAUAUAGUUUAAGAAACAAGGAAGUGAAGAAAGCCAUGGAAAAGGGUUUCAGAAAGUUUACUAUCCGCAUGGUGUUUCAGAAAUUCUGUUUUUAA